AUGACAACUUUUAUCCCAGCUUUAACCCUACCUCACCAGGUAUUCGAGAAUGCCGCGGCUUCCAUCCUGCUCCCUAUAGCUUUAGGAACCGCUGUCGGCUACUCUUCGCGACCCAAGGAAACCCAAAAGACCUACGGCGCCAUCAAGAACCCUCCUCUGCGCCCCCCACCACAGGUGUUCGGUCCAGUAUGGACACUCCUUUACGGUAUGAUGGGCUACGCUGCCUAUCGCGCCGUUAACACCGGUCUUUCCCCUUUCUCCACCAUCGAGCACAUCAACAUGACCAAGCAGGGUGCGACUCUCUACACCGUUCAACUGGGUCUUAACCUCAUCUGGAUGCCGCUUUUCUUCGUGUUCAAGCGCCCCAUCGAGGCUACCGUCGAUAUCGCUGCGCUUCUGGGCAUCAACUCCUACCUCACUUACCUCUGGGGUUCCGUCGAUCGUGUUGCCGGAGCCUGUCUCGUCCCCUACCUCGGCUGGCUUGGCUUUGCGACCUACCUCUGUGCCGGUGCAGGGUAUCUCAAUAACUGGGAUCUCAAAGGUGCCGAGGAGAAAGCUGCUGCUGGCAAGAAGGAAUAA